AUGGAGCCCACGGAAGCUAUCCUCGCGGGCAAAUACCCCGCGAAAGCGCAUGCAAGGAGGGUUGUCGAAUACAUGCGAACUAAAGUCCCAGAUAUCAGCGGAGUACUCUAUCUUGAAGGGCAAAAGGAUCGCUUGAUUGAGGAUAAUGAUGGGGAAGCUCCUUUCCGACAACGACGAUACUUCUACUACUUGACCGGCUGCGCUUUGCCCGACAGCUAUUACACCUAUGACAUCGCCACAGACACAUCCACCCUCUUCAUCCCUCCAAUUGACCCCGAGUCCGUCAUCUGGUCCGGCCUCCCCCUCUCUCAAGAAGAAGCAAGCGGCCUAUUUGACGUCGACCACGUCCUCACAACCACCGACGUAGCCGCAACGCUCACGCACCAAGGCAAAGUCAACGCACCUUCUUCCGUAUGGACAAUCGCCAACCAAGUCAGCGACCACAUAACCUUCCUCGAAUUCAACAACAAAGACUUCACGCUCCUCAAAGAAGCCAUCGAGGAAUGUCGAGUAGUAAAGGAUAAAUUCGAGGUCGCUCUGAUCCGUCAUGCGAAUCAAAUUAGCACACUUGCGCACACGGAGGUGCUGAAGAGGGCGAGUACUGCUACGAAUGAGAGGGAGCUUGAGGCCGCUUUUUUGGAGAGGUGUAUUGCGAAUGGGGCGAGGGAGCAGGCGUAUCAUUCUAUUGUUGCGGCGGGAACGGCCGCUGCUACGUUGCAUUAUGUGAAGAAUUAUGAACCGUUGGAGGGGAAGUUGAAUUUGUUGCUUGAUGCUGGCGCCGAGUUUAAUUGUUAUGCGAGUGAUAUUACAAGAACCUUCCCCAUCAACGGAAAAUUCAGCCCAGAAAGUAGAGCCAUCUACGAUAUUGUCCUCCAAAUGCAGCAUGUCUGCAUAAACAUGCUAAAAGAGGGCGUCCUCUGGGAUACCGUCCAUCUUAAAGCUCACGAAGUCGCCAUUGAGGGCUUGCUUAAACUCGGAAUCCUCCAAGGGGAAAAAGAAGAUAUUCUUAAAUCCCGUACCUCGGUAGCGUUCUUCCCACAUGGCUUGGGGCAUUAUCUUGGCAUGGAUACGCAUGAUACGGGCGGCCAUCCGGAUUAUAAGGAUAAGGAUCCAAUGUUUAGAUAUCUACGAACCAGGGGGAAGCUUCCUGCGGGGAGCGUUAUCACCGUCGAGCCUGGCAUCUACUUCUGCCGGUUCAUAAUUGAACCCUAUCUUUGCGAUCCCAUCCACGCCCAAUAUAUCAACUCCACUGUUUUGGAGCAAUAUUGGGAAAUCGGAGGUGUCCGUAUUGAGGAUAAUAUUCUUGUUACGGUAAAUGGCUAUGAGAAUUUGACGACGGCGAUUAAGGAUGCUGAUGAAUUGGAGAGUAUUAUUAAGUUGGGGUCUUUGGAGAGGGCUAGUGGAGCUAAGGGACUCGUGGUAUGA